AUGGCGGGGCUUGUGCGAUUUACAAUCGCCUUGGCCGCAUCACUUAGCUUGGCGUCAGCGGCAACCGUCAACUUCGAUUUCAACGUCACUUGGGUUCGAGCCAACCCCGAUGCAGCGUUUGAACGACCCGUCAUCGGCGUCAAUGGAAAAUGGCCAAUUCCUAGGAUUGAGUGCAACGUCGGUGACCGGCUCAUUAUCAAUGUCAAUAACCAGCUGGGCAACCAGUCGACGUCGCUGCACUUUCACGGCCUGUUUCAGAACGGCACCAACAACAUGGACGGCCCGUCGGGCGUGACCCAAUGUUCAAUCCCACCCGGCAACUCGUUUACUUACAACUUUACCGUCAAUCAACCUGGCACAUACUGGUAUCACUCUCACAAUGAUGGUCAAUAUCCAGAUGGCCUGCGCGGCCCUCUCGUCGUCCAUGAUCCCGAGUUUCCGUAUAAGUCAGAGGUAGAUGAGGAAAUCGUCCUUACGCUUUCCGACUGGUAUCAUGAUGAGAUUUCAACGCUCAUCCCUCGAUUUAUGAGCAAAAACAAUCCUACUGGUGCCGAGCCCGUGCCCAACGCUGCUCUCAUGAACGACACUCAGAAUUUGACCGUUUCUGUCCAACCUGGGAAGACGUACAUGUUUCGUGUUGUCAACAUUGGCGCUUUUGCCGGCCAGUAUCUCUGGUUCGAGGGCCACAAGAUGCAAAUCGUUGAAGUAGAUGGUGUAUACACCAAAAAAGCUGAAGCUGAAAUGAUUUACAUCUCUGCCGCUCAGAGAGUGAGCUUCCUCUUGACGACCAAGAACGAAACCUCUGGCAAUUUUCCUAUAGUCGCAAGCAUGGACACAACUCUUUUUGAUGUCCUUCCCCCUGAGCUCAACUACAAUUCCACGGGCUGGCUCAGCUACGACAAAUCCAAAGGAUACCCUGACGCUGCUCUCGUCGACGAGUUGAAUGCCUUCGACGACAUAACCCUUGAAGCAUACGAUGGCAUGGAACUUCUUCCAGAGCCCGACCGCACCGUCGAGCUCAAUGUCAUCAUGGACAACCUUGGCGAUGGUGCCAACUACGCCUUCUUCAACAACAUCACGUAUAAGCUUCCCAAGGUCCCCACGCUCUACACUGCCCUUAGUGCUGGAGAAAUGGCCGAUGACGCCAGGGUAUAUGGCGAAUACACGCAUCCAUUUGUCCUGAAGAAGGACGAGACUGUCCAAAUCGUCGUCAACAACCUCGACAGCGGUCGUCACCCGUUCCAUCUGCACGGCCACAACUUCCAAGCCAUCUACCGUUCGAACGAGUCGGCAGGUACUUUUGCACAUGAAGGCGGCGAGACGGGCAAGGCGUUCCCCAAGGUCCCCAUGCGCCGAGAUACAAUGGUCAUUUGGCCCGAAGGAAACAUGGUUCUGCGGUUCAAAGCUAACAACCCGGGAAUCUGGCUGUUCCACUGCCACAUCGAAUGGCACGUCGUAUCCGGCCUCGUGGCCACAUUUGUUGAAGCACCUGCCGAGCUGCAGAAGACGCUCUCCAUCCCGCCCACCCACCUGCAGGCGUGCCAAAAGGCAAACAUUCCCACCGUGGGCAACGCAGGAGCCAACACAAGAGAUUUUCUUGACCUCAGCGGCCAGAAUAAACCUCCUGCUCCCCUUCCAGCGGGUUUCACAACUCGCGGCAUCGUAGCACUGGCAUUCAGCUGCUUAACCGGUAUUCUUGGCGUCUGUGUCGUAGCAUGGUACGGCUUCUCGCAGCCCGCCGAAGAAGUCCCCCGGGCUGUAACCGGCAUUAUCCACAACGCAGACAUGUCCGAAUCGGACGGUAUUGGGAAUGUAUCCUCUGGUCCCGACGCCGUCAGGACAACCACCUAG